GGGACCAUGGUCAGUGAGCUCAUUCUGUUGACUCACUGCUGCAGCUGAGCAGACUGGGGUAUAUGCUAGUCCUCAUAAACUGACACCGAACAAGUAUUGCAGAAGUGGUAGAAGACUGGCUCUGUAAGAGAGCUCCAGAUGGACUUGGCGUUUCUCCUCGUGAUCUGUGCUUUCAGUGCCGUGAGUGCACAAACACCACAGUAUCUGAUCACAGCUCCGAGCCUUGUGCAUGUGGGUGUGGAGGAGUCAGUGACGGUGCAGCUCCACCAGGCCACUAGGCCUGUGACCAUCACACUGUACUUUCGACAUCAGAGUAAAGAUCUGUCACACAGACAGACAGUGACCCUCAAUGCAGGCAACAGCUACCAGGCAGUGGUCAAACUAAAGGUGGAGCCAGACUUGUACAAGGAUACAAAGUUUGGUAAAGUGUCUUAUGUGAAUCUGGUGGCAGAGGGAGAAGUGAAAAAUUCGGCAAGUUGCCUUUUGUCCACCAGAAAAGGCUACAUCUUUAUCCAGACUGACAAACCCAUCUACAACCCAGGGGAAGCAGCAAAAUACCGAAUCUUCACAUUGGACAAUUACAUGCGGCCCACAGAUGAGAGCAUCACCAUUAAUAUAUUUAAUUCCAAAGGUUUGAUGGUAUACAAGGGAAAUGUUCUGUCAAAGCAAAUCUUUCAGAGACAUAUUGACAUCCCCGGUGUUGAACAGGCUGGCCAUUGGAGAAUUGUCGCAUCGUUCACAGACUUGCCCUUGUCAAACUCCUCUGUAGAAUUUGAAGUCAGAGAAUAUGUUCUUCCAUCAUUCGAGGUGAAGAUCGAGUCGGCUAAAAAAUACCACCUGCUGAAGGCCGAGUCCUUCCAAUUCAGUGUGUCUGCAAGAUACACCUACGGGAAGGGUGUCAACGGCAUAGCUUACGCGAGAUUUGGGAUUAUUGAUGAACAAGGCAAUAAAACCUUUCUGCCGGGCCUGGAGAAACAGACUGCUAUCCUGGAUGGAAAUGCGGAAAUCACACUUCUCACCAAGGAUCUGCGUGGAAAAGCGGAAAGUCUGGACACAAACAUCGAGGGCCAGCGUAUUUACAUCGCAGUCACGGCCCUGGAGACUGCAAGUGGAGAGUUGGAGGAGGCUGAGAGCAGCUCAGUGAAGAUAGUGAAUUCUCCAUAUACAAUAGACCUCUCCAAAACAAAACAGUACUUCACACCUGAGGGACUAUUCUCCAUCCUGGCCACUACGACGUACCCCGAUGGCACCCCUGCCCCGGGCCUCUUAAUGAAAGCCUCAGUUGAGGUCAGAGGUCAGGAGCCUGAGACGAUCGAGGUUCAGGCCAGAUCAAAAAACAAUGGCGAGGAGGUCGCUCUCACCUUCAAAGUUCCCCGACUGGCAGAGUCCUUGGACAUCAAGGUGUUCGCAGAAGGCGAAGACAAGGAUGUCGUGCUCAGCGAUGCACACAUGACGGCCAGCGCCACUGUCUCCAAAAGCAAGAGUUACCUGAGUGUGGAGGUGCCACACCUCAUUCUGGAAAAAGGACAGGAACUGACAGUGACUUUCAGAGACAUCACUCCUCCAGGACGACAAAGGCCCACACACAUCUAUUACAUGAUUUUCAGCAAGGGCAGAGUGGUUCGGAUGAACAAGGUACAGAGAUCAGAGGUCACGUCUGUCAGUCUCCCUUUCAGCCAUGACCUGGUCCCUGCCUUUCGCGUGGUGGCCUAUUACUUUGCGAGCCCCACUGAGUUUGUGGCGGACUCAGUGUGGGUGGACGUUCAAGAUGUCUGCGAGGGACAGGUGAGAAUCCAGCCAUUUGAGGAAGAGUAUAAGCCUGGGGGAAGUGUCGAUGUGAUGAUUCACACAGAAGGGGCUGAGAAGGUAGCACUGGCUGCCAUCGACACCGCGGUGUACAUCCUCAACAAACGAAACAAACUCACCGCGCAGAAGAUGUUUGAUUACAUGAACUCUUAUGACCUGGCCUGCACCAACGGUGGAGGGAAAGACCAUAUCUCUGUCUUCACUGAUGCUGGCCUCACCUUCAUCUCUAGUAGCUCUAAAGCUCCUCUUCCUCAUGAAUCAAGCUGCCACAGUGUGCGAAGGAAGAGGUCGACAAAAAAAUACUCCCAGGAAUUUGCUGCCAUCGUGAACCAGUACAACCAGCCCAAUAGGAAGUGCUGUAACGACGGUGCCAAGCUGAACACGCGCGCUUCCUGUCAACAGCGCCACGCUAAGACCCGCCACCGGUCCUCCAGCUGCCAGGCGGCCUUCCUCAAAUGCUGCCAGGACGCCACGGCCCUCAGGGAGAGAAUGAAACGUGACCAGAAGAAGCACAGCAUCGCCAGAACCGCGAGUGUAGAUGACCUGGAUGCUCUCGACCAGGCCUCCAUCCACCUGCGCAGCUAUUUCCCUCAGAGCUGGAUGUGGCAGAUACAGUCUGUGGACGCCACAGGCAUUGUUAGCCAUCACGCUAAUCUUCCAGACUCCAUCACCACCUGGGAAAUACAAACUAUAGGAAUCUCUCAAAGGAAUGGGUUCUGCAUUGCUGAACCGCAGCAGCUGAAAGUAUUCCAGGACUUUUUUGUGUCAGUAAAAUUACCUUAUUCGGUGAAAAAGAACGAGCAACUAGAGGUGAAGGCGGUCGUGUACAACUACAAGACGGAACUCUUACAGGUGAUAGUUAAGAUGGCUCCCGCAGAAGGACUGUGCUCUGCGGGGGAUGAGAAGGACACGCAGUCGGUCAGCGUGCCGGGGAACUCGGCAGUGCCCGUGUACUUCACCGUCGUUCCCAUGAAGGUCGGCAAAAUUCCCAUCCAAGUGACCGCCUUCGCCAACGCGGACACGGCUGACAAAAUAAAGAAGAUCCUCACCGUGGAGGAUGAAGGGGAGCUUGUCUUUAUACAUAAAGAUAUCCGUUUUGAAGCCAGAGGAGCUAAUGAGCUGGAGAUUGACAUCCAGGAACCAACCGAUGCCGUCCCUGGAUCAAAGUCCUCCGCUUUGAUCAGUGUGAGAGGUGGUGUAAUGGGAGAGUCAGCAGAAAAUUGCCUGAACCUGGAGGGCGUGGACAGGCUUAUCCAGCUCCCCACAGGCUGUGCCGAGCAGACCAUGGUGAUCAUGUCCCCGGCCAUCCACGCCAUGAAGUACCUAGACGCCACAGACCAGUGGCUGUACCUCAGCUCCCAACGCAGGGACGAAGCGAAGGCCAUGAUCGAGAAGGGCUACACCACCGUCCUGGCAUUCAUGAAACCCGACGGCUCAUACGGGGCUUUUCUAAAGAGACCCAGCAGUGUCUGGCUGACAGCGUUCAUUGCGAAAGAGCUGAGCCGUGCCCGAACCAUCAUAGCAGUGGAUGACUCCUACAUUCUGCGCUCCAUUUCUUAUCUGAUGUCCAAACAGCUGGACGAUGGCGGAUUCACCGACCCGAACCCUCUCUACGACAGGACCAUGCAGGGCGGAGUGGGAGGGGUUGAAGGAGACGUGUCACUGACGGCGUUUGUGCUCGUGGCGAUGCAUCACUCCUUACCUGCCUAUCCUAUUGCCGAAGACACAAAAACGAGAGUAGCAAUAAUGAAUGCUGAGACUUACCUGGAGGGGAAGCUGGAGUCCUUGCAGAGGCCAUUUGCGAUAGCGAUCACGGCCUACGCCCUUUCCCUGGCCUUCCCCGGCAGUGCCGUUUCCAUACGAGCCAAAUCCAAACUCAGGGACAUCGCCAAGUGUGACGACGCUAAGGGCACCUGUCACUGGGAGGCUGCUGAGGGCCUGAGGCUGGUUGGAGAGGCCAGACGUGGAAGCGUCCCACUCGCUGACUCCCUCUCCAUAGAGAUGACAGCGUACGCCCUGCUGGCAGCUCUGACCACGGAGGGACAGGACCUGCAGCAGGCCAGGAAGAUCGCCAAGUGGCUGACGGAGCAACGGCAGUACGGAGGCGGGUUCCGAUCCACGCAGGACACAGUUGUGGCCCUGGAGGCCCUGGCUGACUUCAGUUCGAAGGUAAACGAUGUGCAGGACCUGGACCUCAACAUGGAGCUGUGCCUCAGCAAGACCAAGAGGGAGUGGGUGCACCUGACUAAGAGGAACGCCAUGACCCAGCCCGCCUUUCAGGUAACACCAGGAAAUAAAGUUACUGCUGCCUUUCGGGGGACUGGAGAUGGGACCUUUUCGCUCCUCCACACCUAUAGGUCUAUGAAAAAAACAGACUUGUACUGCGAUUAUUACCACUUAAAGAUUACCUUGGAAGGAGAGGUUACGUACAAACAGAGGACGGACGAUGAGCCCGACUUGGAUGACUACUACAACUAUGAGCAAGGGCCAGCGGCGGACGAGCCUAUGGGCAGGGUGGAGUGGUUCGACCUGCGCACCCGGAGGAAACGCCACGCCCCUGAGGAGCCUGAGAAGGAGGCCUCCCUGGUCUACACCGCCUGUGUCAGCAUGACCGGAGGAAACUCUACGGGAAUGGCCAUAGUGGACAUCUCUCUCCUGAGCGGAUUAGAACCCAACAUCCAGGAUCUGGAAAAUCAAGCCAAGGGCACAGAAAGGUAUAUUGACCAUUAUGAUCUUGGGAAAAACAAAGUGUAUCUGUACUUUAAUCAGGUCACGGAGAGUACAGACUGUGUGACCUUCAGAGCCAAACAGAUUACACCUGUAGGACUGGUGCAACCAGCCAGCGCUGUGAUCUAUGACUAUUACAAUCCAGAGCGGAGGUGCAGUGUGUUCUACAGUGCACCACAGAAAAGCACCAUGCUCUCAAAGCUGUGCAGCGGUGAUGUGUGUGCGUGUGCUGAGGGUUAUUGCCCAAAGAAAAAAGUCACAUUUAGUCAGAAUAUGGAAGUAGACACCCGCAAGAACUAUGCCUGCUUCUCUCCUGUUGUGAACUAUGUUUAUGUGGUCAAGGUCCUUAACUCAACCGAAGACGGAGUGUUUCAAUAUUACACCGUCGCUGUCACCAGAGUCUUGCAGAUCGGGGAGGAUGCGACCAUCCAGCCAAAUUACGUGCGUGAGCUCGUGCGGAGGAAGUCCUGCAUGGAGUUUGAAAUGAAGAUUGACAAGGACUACCUCGUCAUGGGCAAGGCCUCUACUAUUACACACACCGUUGACGCCAAUAAAAACUUCAGGUAUCUCCUCAACAAUGAGGUGUGGGUCGAAGAGAUACCAGCAAUGAGCAAAUGCCAAGCAACCAAGAAUCGCAAGGCCUGCCAGCUCCUAACCAGCUUCAUAGACCUAUACGAAAUGCUCCAGUGUGCCAUCUAGCCCGCUGAAAGUACACCGAGCUCAUUAGUGGUGCCUAUCACAUUAACAACCACUCAUUCACUUAAAAGCUUGCCUCUUCCACAAUGGCAAUGAUAGAGACAUAAAUGUAGCAGAAGCAACUCAGUUAACCAUUGUGUGCUUUUAUUACCAGUGUGAAUAGCAUAGGAACUCAAGGGCUGCAUGUGAAAAGUUUUUAAAAUAAAUAAAUAAAAUAAAUAAAACUUCAACAACACAAUGUACCAAUGUCAUACACAAGGGGGUGCUGUAAACACAGUAUAAAAAUGAUAUAAUAAAACCAUAGUUCUAAGCUA